AUGAGAUACACUUCAUUGCCUAGAAGCCCAAAGGCAGAAGAACAGGAAGUGCCAAAUUCUAUCACCUCCGUAUUACCCAAUUCUAAAGAAGCUUAUGCUGAUGAAUAUUUCAGUAUGUUGGGGGAACUCGAAGGGGUCUUGGGCAUUGAAGAAGAACAAAAAUUACCACCAUCACAGGAAACUUGUAGUGUUCAGCUUCAUUGGGAUUUCAUGGAAAGGGAGGAAUUUCGUUCCAUUGAAGAGGAACCAGAAGAUGAUGAAGGGAAAGUGCAGGUAACUGAGAACAAAAGCAAGUACCUUUUCAGAGAGCAGCAGAUAAAGAGAGAAAAUAUUUUUGGGUUUUGGGAAGUGGAUGAAGAAAAGAUGAUGGCUUUGAAUUUGAACUUGAACUAUCAAGAGGUUCUGGAUGCAUGGUCUGACCGUGGUUCUCUAUGGGCUGAAGAUUGUUCUCUUUCAUUGGCCAACAAUAAUGGCUACUAUAUGGGAGAAGUGCCAAUAUUGGAAGAAGAGAGAACAAGAAGGGAAGCAAGUGUUCUUAGGUACAAAGAGAAGCGCCAGAACAGAUUGUUCUCCAAGAAGAUAAGAUACCAAGUUCGGAAACUAAACGCUGAUAAAAGACCCAGAAUCAAGGGUCGCUUUGUGAAGAGACAUUGAGGUUACUCGACAGAAUUGAAAGAUCCCAAACCCAAAAUAUCUCCCAAAAUAUCUAA